GUGUGACAGAACAGUGUGAGUACUCACUCAGAGUGAAGUAGACAGCAUUUGUCUCUAUCAACACUAAAUGCUAGCCUAUUAACCUUAAAGGGAGCAUAGUAAAAAAUGACAGUUCUAAAGUUUACAAUAGUCCUGCUAGUCUGUCACUGGAAUGUGCUGAGUCAGGCUAGUGAUGAGGCAAUAGAGAAUGUAAACAUUAAAGAGGUGGAUCACAGUCUUUGGCAGCUUUUCACUGAAGGAAAGCAGGAACAGACGCUAGUGCUAUUUUACCUGCCACAGAACUGUGCUGGAUGUGAUGCUGCCUUGGAAACUUUGACCCUGACAGCUGGGCAGCCUGAAAUACCCAAAGAUCUGACCAUUGGCAAGUCAUCUGACUUGGUCCUGGCUGAAAAGUUGGGCAUCGAAACAUUCCCCAGCCUUCUCUUCUUACGUCAGUCAACAUAUGUCAUCUAUGAUGGUGCCUAUGACAUCGAGAAUGUGUUGGAGUGGAUUCAGCAGGCUGUAAGACAAUCCACUCACCAACUUGAUGACUCAUCCUUUGAGCAUCUAACCCAGGCUUCUUCAGGUGCUACCACUGGAGAUUGGCUUGUAGCCUUCUAUAAAGAAAGCUGUGCUGUCUGUAAGCGUCUUCUGCCUGUUAUUGACAGCUUGGGUGUCAGGGUCCAGGACAAGAUCAAUGUUGCUAAAGUCAACACAGAGGUCAGUCCUGUGCUGGUAGAGAGGUUCAAGAUCACCAGAUGUCCUGAAAUCAUUUUUUUCAAGCAUGGGAAAAUGUAUCGCUACGAGCUGCCAAAGAUUGAUGUCCCAUCAUUGCGCUCCUUUGUUGAUGGAUUUUACAAAAACAUCAGAGCUGAGAGUGUGCCCAUACCUAAAUCUAAAUUUGAUUACCUGACAGAACAUCUUGCUGAUUUGAUUAAGUUUUAUAUUUUCUGA